CCUCCUGUAGUUCUUUACAUCGGCUGUGAGAAGCCGUCGCACAUAUACAUGCGUAGCGUACGUAUUUAAAUAUGAUCUAGCCGAUAGGCAGUGGCCGGACAGGCGUUGAAGAGAGCUCGCUGACGGACUGUGCGUAAUGCUGAGUGGACAGCAGUAUUUCUCGCCCUGUGUUCCAGCCUAGACGGGCUCCUGACAGCAGCUUCGCAUUUCCUCUGCAGUGCAGCUCGUCACCAGAGCCCGAUGCGCCCCGCCGGACCGAGCCCGUUCACUUUGAUGCCGUCCAAGCCGAGCGGAGCCUGAGCCGAAGGAUGCAGGUGAAAAACCAGAUCUGCACCGAGCGCAGCAGCACCGACGACCCGGAGCAGGAUGACAACCAGAAGAAGACCUCGUGCUUCUCCAACAUCAAGAUCUUCCUGGUGUCGGAGUGUGCGCUCAUGUUGGCUCAGGGCACGGUGGGAGCCUAUCUGGUGAGUGUUCUAACCACUCUGGAGAGACGCUUCAACCUGCAGAGUGCCGAUGUGGGCGUCAUCGCCAGCAGCUUUGAGAUCGGUAACCUGGCCCUCAUCCUGUUUGUCAGCUACUUUGGCGCCAAGGCCCACAGGCCCCGCCUCAUUGGCUGCGGCGGUAUAGUCAUGGCUCUUGGGGCGUUGCUGUCCGCCCUGCCGGAGUUCCUGACCCAUCAGUAUGAGUAUGAGGCCGGCGACUCCUGGCACGCCGAGGAUGGCAGGGACAUCUGCUCCAACAACUCCAGGUCAGAAAACCGAGACUCUGGGUUUAAAUGUGGCAACCGAGCCAACACCAACAUGAUGUACCUUCUGCUGAUCGGAGCCCAGGUUCUGCUGGGCAUCGGAGCCACACCUGUCCAGCCUCUGGGAGUGUCCUACAUCGACGACCAUGUCCACAGGAAAGACUCCUCACUGUAUAUAGGUAUUUUAUUUUCAACUUUAGUUUUUGGCCCGGCUUGUGGCUUCAUCUUAGGUUCCGUCUGUACCAAAGUCUAUGUUGAUGCUGUCUUCAUUGACACCAGUAAGCUGGACAUCACCCCAGAUGACCCUCGCUGGAUCGGAGCGUGGUGGGGCGGCUUCCUCCUCUGUGGUGCCUUACUAUUCCUGUCAGCCCUCUUCAUGUUCGGCUUCCCCCAGUCACUGGACCAGCAGGACAUGGACGGUGGAGGGGAGAGUGAGCAGGCCAUGCUGCCUCCUCCCCUGACCAUGGAAUACCAGGGCUCCAAACCCAAUGGGACCAUGCAGGGCUUUGAUAUAAACAGUGGCCUCACGGUCUGUGAGCAUCUGAGAAUAAUCCCUCGGGUCACCAGGCACUUACUCUCUAAUCCGGUGUUCAGCUGCAUCACACUGGCAGCCUGCAUGGAAAUUGCAGUGGUUGCCGGCUUUGCUGCCUUCCUUGGCAAAUACCUGGAGCAGCAGUUCAACCUUACCACCUCCUCAGCCAAUCAGCUGCUAGGUAUGACGGCCAUCCCGUGUGCCUGUCUGGGUAUCUUCCUCGGGGGGCUGCUGGUGAAGAAGCUUAACCUGUCUGCACUGGGCGCCGUCCGCAUGGCCAUGAUGGUCAACCUGGUGUCCACUGCCUGCUACGUCUCCUUUCUCUUCCUGGGGUGUGACACCGGACCAGUCGCAGGGGUCACUGUGGCCUAUGGCAACGAGACGCUGCGAUCCUGGCAGCGACCUGAGUCGCCGUGCAUCAAUAACUGCAACUGCUACACAGCGUCAGUGAGUCCUGUCUGUGGUUCCAAUGGAAUCACCUACCUCUCAGCCUGCUUCGCUGGCUGCACCAAACCAAACCUGACCAGCUGCGCGUGUAUAUCCAGCAACAGUGAGGAGGCCGUGGCGCUACCGGGGAAGUGUCCCAGCCCAGGCUGUCAGCAGGCCUUCCUCACCUUCCUGUGUGUUAUCUGUGUGUGCAGCAUGAUCGGAGCUAUGGCUCAGACACCCUCUGUCAUCAUCCUCAUCAGAACUGUAAGUCCAGAGCUGAAGUCUUAUGCCCUUGGGGUUUUGUUCCUGCUGCUGAGACUUAUAGGCUUCAUUCCUCCCCCUCUGAUCUUCGGCAUGGGCAUCGACUCCACCUGUCUGUUCUGGAGCUCGGUGUGCGGCGAGAAGGGAGCCUGCAUGCUGUACGACAACGUGGCCUACAGGCACCUGUAUGUCAGCAUCGCCAUCUUCCUCAAGUCCUCUGCCUUCAUCCUGUAUGCCACCACAUGGCAGUGUUUAAGGAAGAACUACAGGAAGUACAUCAAGAACAGCGAGGGGUACCUCACCCCCACCGAACUCUUUGCUUCCAACGUGACUCUGGACAAUUUGGGCAAGGAGAUAACGCAGAACCCGGCCAACAGGACAAAGUUCAUAUACAACCUGGAGGACCAAGAGACAUCUAACAACAUGGAGUCGGUUUUAUAGUAGCGCUCUGCACAGGGACCGCAGGCUGGAGGUGUUAGUGUGCAACCGACCUGAUGUGCAAUGUUUCUCUGGUGUUAUAUUGAUUUAGAAGAAUGUCCUCAGUAUGGGUCUUAUCUUCUUCUCACCCAAAACAUCAAAACACAAUGGAAAAAAUAUCCCAAAUUAUCAAAUUAUAGUCAAUUUCUAUUUUUGUUUUAUGAUACAUGUUUAAGUUUUUGUUUAGCUUUUUUCACCUAUUUAACACCCAAGUAGGGAUUGACAGCAAACACUGGAAGAGAAAGGAGAAAUGACACUUCAACAAAUUUUAAACAGGGAUGUUGCAGUGAAGUGUUUUGCAUCCUUGUACCAGGACACCAACAGAAUUGUUUUCUUUACAGAUUUAGAUUUAGUACAAUCUUCAGUUUAGAUGAACUUCAGACUCAGAGCUGUGUAAGAAGCAGAAGUCUGUUUGUUCGUCAGCUUUUCUUUGACAGUUUAUUUUCCUUUAGAAGGAAAUAUUUCUCAGGUCGUCAAGUCAGAUAGAAAGAAUAAGAGUUAAUGUGAUUGUUCACUGUCAGAUGAAGCAUUUUUAGCUUAUUUUUUUAGCACUUUUCAAGAACAUACAGCUGUAGUGCAAGUGGGAUCAUAUCAUUCAGGGAGUUUCACUCUUGUAAUUUGCUCGACAACCCCACCAAAUCAUUAGUCACACAGUUAACUUUAACACAGGGAGAGGUCAUAACUCUCUCUUCUGGCCACAUCAUUAAAGAUUUGGGAAAUAAGGGACAGAGAAAAGACAACAUAUCUACUGCUCUACACCAAAACCAAAUCAAUCAAUUUCCAAAGCAUCUUAAAAUAAUUGCACUUCUCUUUAAUCCCCAAAUCAUAAUGUGUGCAAAAUAAAUGAAAUAUCUCAUGUCACUUCUAACUUCAUUGUUUAGUAUUUUACAAAAUAGCACGGGAGUUAAAUCUAUGACAAUAUUUAUUUUACAAGUGUGGUCAUUUACUUUACACCUAAGUGGGGUAGGUUUAUGUCUUAUUUGCUUCCAGUGGAAUUGUCCUGUUCUAUUUCUCGAGGGCAUUCUGGGACAUUUGUUGAAGAAAGAGGAGCCUUGAGCCAGUAUGUAAUACAUAUCCCUUUACUGUGUCAUAUUGAGGAGUUUUGCUAUGAAGGCUGGACAAGAUUCUGAUGUUUCAGAACCACACAACUGUUUUUUUUCUACUUCAUAUAAAUCUUUGUUUUCCCUGUGUCCUUUACAGAAAUUUGGUACAAUUUCCAAAAGGUAAUUAUUUAAAAAAAGAUCAGGUCUAAUUGUUUAAAUGUUGACCGUACCUAAAUCUGAUGAGAAUAAUGUCUUAAGUAUAUAAGCAUAACUGAACCUGUUUCUAAUGUAUAACAUUAUCCAUCUGUCACUCAUGUCAUUGGCAGAUGGAGAGAGAAACACAGUUUGACUUGGUUGUGUAAUUCCACUACCCUCAGCAGAAAUGCAUGGAAUACAUAGCAACACGACAAAUAACAAGCAGGGAACAUUCUCUAACGUACGCACAUGUACGUAGUAGGGCUGACACAGGUGGAGGCUGACAGAGAGUGCGAAGACGUCUAAGUGGAACGCCAAGUCAACGUAGCGAGACAUGAUGAUGGUGGUGGGCUAGCUGUCAGCAGACACAGCAUAGCAUGACGCAGCCUGAGUUAGUUCUUUUAGAAGCAUGCUGGUAAUGCAUGUAAUGAUAAAAAAGAAAAAAUACUCAGUAUGUCACUAAGUUGCACACACUGCAGUUUGGUGGACAUGGAAAUGGUUAAAUACAGAUUUAACUCUAAUGGCCUGAAAAUUCUAUUUUUGACCACGGGAAAGCUUUAUAAUGCAUACUGCAUUGUGAUGUCAACAUGAAAAAAAUACUCAGCUGAUUCAUAAUCGCUCACACUGCAGAGACUGAUUUUAAAUACACAUUGUUUUCUAUGGGAUUCUGAUUUCUGACCAGUUUAUGUAGAGUAUGUUAUUUUCUUCAGGCUUACUUUGUAAGUAUCUAAUAUGUUUUGCAUCAAAAAAUAUGGAUGUUUUUCCAGCUACUCACCACUGCAAUAGAUUUCAUUUUCCAAACAUUUUUAAUCCCUUUUGGGGAUAUAGACUGGAGGUUUGAAAGUGUUUUUAUCAUUUUGGGAAAUACAUAUUCACUUUCUGGCCAAGCGCUGCAGCACUACCCCAAGAAGUAGGCAUGCACAUAAUCCCCCCUAACAUAAAAAGCUUUUACACCUGUUUUCUGUACAUGUAAUGUGAUACAACAUGUUCAUAGACGCCCUCAUGGCUGGAUUUUAUCGAUGGAGCCAGGUUAAUGGUUUCCCCCACUCUAUCUUUCCAUCUUCGUCCUACAUUAUGCAGAACCAGCUGCUGGUUGUAAUUUCAUAUUUACUGUAAAGACAUGAGGUCAACAUCCUCGUCACCUGGCAGGAAAGGUGAGAAGUGUUUUUCCCAAUAUCGUUUAUAGUUGAAGUCAACUACUAUUUAGUUUUAUGUUGCCACCCAUGCUUAAAGAGCCUAUUUUUUGCUAAUGGUGGAGAUGAUUUAUUCAUAUGAUGUAUUUUAGUUUGGCACCUCACUAAACCAACAGUAAAAACUCUAUGGUACAUUGAUGCAGCUUUAGCCUCAUAAGAAACACAGAGACAUACAGUAUUUAUCAUAUAGGGAGAACAGACUCUGAAUGGACCUAUGUUCAAACCGGACCAGACUAACAUCUGCCCGGUGUGAUGUGACAGUGAGAAUACAGAUGUUUAGCUCUGCAUUGUGACUUGAAUCUUCAAAGUGGGGGACCCUCUGGACACUGAGACAGGUUGUGCCUGAAACAGUUUGAUUGUCCCUGAUGGGAUGAUUGACUCUGAGCAGGAUCAUUCAGGACAGCCGGACACAACGCUGGAAUGUACAAAAAUAACUAAACAAAACAAAUAAAAAGGAGGCUUCCAUUUUUCUAAAAGGGAGGAGGGCUAUGACCAACAUCACCUGCUGGUUCGCCGUCUCCUCCUUAGCAACCCCCUCCCCAACAGGUGACGCUGUCUUUGAUAUCUGUGACUUCCAGUGUGUCAUAGUGCUGACUCCUCUGUACAAAAUAGUGCCAUACAAGUGCCAAAGUGACACCAUAGAAGUGUUCCGUAACGUCCCGCUGAGAACGCUGUCUCAACACGCUGGAGCUCAGAGCAGAUCGUCCAGCUAAAUGUAGCCUUUCUAUGAUAUCCCUCCACUUACGUUCACCAUAUCAUACAAAAGUGUCCCGAAAAACAUUUUGCCUAUAAAAUAUUGUACAUUUGGUCUAGAGAGCAGUAUUAUUUAGGAUGUAAUAACUGUUAAUAUGUAGGACUUUUCUACUAGUGAAGUUAUAGUCUAAUUUUGUCUUUCCAUCAGUGGCAAAGCUACUGUUUGUUGCUUUGGUCAAAAUACUAAAUAAUACUUUUAGCUUGAAACAAGUGGCGCCAAUGUUGACAUGGCGCAGUAGAUAUGGUCGAGUGUAGAGCAUCAGCCAAACUUUACUGAUAGCAGUCCUGCACCUGUGCCUGGAUAUGAAGCUCUACUCUGACGGGGGCCCAUGUUGUGCCAUAUCAACCUGUGCACUGUAACAUUCAACACUUUCCAAGAAGAAGCCAACAUAUUGUAGGUCUGUCCAACGCGCUGGCAAAGUGAGACGGCGCUCGCUUGACCUUAUAUUCACCUGCGGCGACAGGACUGUUUCUUUUGGCACCUAAUUGUGCUUGAGAUGAUUUGCCUUGUGAUGAGAAAACAACUUUGGAGCAUAAAAGUUUUAGUUUUUUUUACAUCCUCUUUUUUUCACCCAUGAUUCUCUUUUGAUGAUCUUGCCUUUUGGUAACAGCAGUCGGACUUUUAUAGCAGAUUUUUUUGAGACGGUGGUAUUGACAUAUGAAGAGUUUGCUACCAAAAUACCUAAUGAGUGGGCAAACAUUUUCUUAUCUGAGGUCUCUUAACAAUGGACAGUCAUCCUGUAAAUACAUCCAUGAUCUGAUCCUUUUAGUUGCUCUUAUCAUUUGUCAAGGAAAGUCACUUUUUGUAGAGGAAAGAGCUUAUUUUGGAAGGAAACUCUUCAUAUGCAGACAGAUAAUCAGGUGGUUGGAGCAUUUAGGCAGCAUGUUGCCUUAGAUUCAAGUGAAACUAACCAUGUUAGUGACGGUUUUAGAGCGAUGUGUUUGCUUAUGUUGUGGCUGGAAGUCAAUAUAUGAAUUUUAUGGUUCUUUGCAGUGACGGGACCUUUGAAAUGGAGAAGGGCAAUGAAAUAAGAAAAUAUCACUUAUAUUUUCGAGCAUUAAAAAAUACUUUUAGAUAUGCUCUACUGCUUCUUUGGUUAUUCAUUUUUAUUUUUCUUUAAAUUACAUUACUUUAUUUUUA